GCAACGCGACGUCGGUGAACUUUGGCCAAAGACUACGAAUAAUGUGCUCUUAUUCUAUGACUAUACUCGUGAAUUUUACUAUUUCUGGAUCAGUUUACGCUUAUGUAUACGUGCAAGGAUCGAUGCGGAUGCAAUUUAACAUAAACCUACCUCGCUCGAAAAACUGACAGAUAUCAUGGAGGUAGAUGUCUGGGGGCUGGCGGUGCUUGCUGUGUUAUAUGCCGUCAUACUGGGAAUCGGCAUCUAUGCUGCAAAAGUAUCGAAGGCAAGAAGUGAUGCAGUCUCUAUCCAAGAGGGGGAGCAGCAGGAGGAGGCAAGCGAUAUGCUAAUGGUUGCAAAUCGCAAGCUGAGUACAUUUGUUGGGGUGUGCACCAUGACAGCAACAUUUAUAUGUGGCAGCUAUAUAAAUGGAACGGCUCAAUCAGUGGCUGAACAGGGGCUUGUCUGGACUCUUGCGCCGCCUGGGAUUUUUCUUGGAAUGAUUAUAGGUGGCCUGUUCUUCGCUAAGAAGAUGCGAGAUCAAAACUACAUAACAUUUCUAGAUCCAUUUGAGAAGAGGUUUGGUGAGAAAAUGACUGGGUUGCUGUUUAUCGCUGCAUUCUGCGCAGACAUGUUCUGGUCAGCAUCUGUACUCGCAGCCCUUGGCACUAGCAUAGCGGUCAUUGUCGGACUGGACACUCGGAUUGCGAUCGUGGCAUCGGCAAUAGUCGCUAUCAUCUACACGGUUCUUGGACAGAUGCUGUCCGUCGCCUAUACGGACGUCGUGCAACUCGCGUUUAUGUCGUUUGGAUUGCUUCUGGGCAUUCCAUUUGUGCUAACAAAUGAACAUGUGGGAAGUAUAAUGGAAGGUAGCGACCAAUGGCUUGGAACGAUAGAAAACAAGCAAAUUGCUGUCUGGAUAGAUUUCUUCAUUGUCAUGAUAUUUGGCUCAAUCCCGUGGCAGUCGUACUUCCAGCGUGUGCUCUCAGCGCGGUCAGGCACACAGGCGCAGUACUUCUCUAUCAUCGGAUCCUUCGGAGCCUUUCUGCUCGCGAUCCCUCCGGUGCUGAUUGGCGCAGCCGGAUCCGUCGCAAACUGGACGGCAGUCGGCGACGGCGUGAGUCCACUGGAUGUGGCGGCGGGUGGGGAUGCGAGCAUGGUGCUGCCGCUUGUGCUGCACAGCUUCACGCCUCGAGCCGUCUCCCUGCUAGGCCUGUGUGCGCUCUCUGCGGCGGUGAUGUCAUCAAUCGACUCGGCCAUCCUUGGUUCCAGCUCCAUGUUCACGCACAACAUCUACCGCACACUGCUGAGGUCCUCUGCAUCUAGCAGCGAACUGCUUCGCGUUCAGCGCGGCGCGGUGGUCGUCGUCGGCGGCGUCGCUUGCGCGAUCUCGCUCACCGUCACCAGCGUCCUCGGCAUGUUCGUCAUCGCCGCCGACGUCGUCUUCGUCGCCCUCCUCCCGCAGCUCGUUGCCGUCGUCUACUGCACAGAGGGCGCCGCCAACACGUACGGCUCGCUGGCCGGCCUGGUCGUCGCCGUGCUGCUGCGCCUCGGCGCCGGGGAGCCGCUGCUCGGCCUGCCACCGCUCAUCUACUAUGGCGCCCUCUAUGAUGCGGAACUCGGACAUCUGUUCCCGUACCGGACGUUUGCAAUGCUGGCGUCGCUCGCGACGAUCGUCGCCGUGUCGAGCGCCGCCUGGUGGCUGUUUGUGACGCGCGGGACGAGCCGUCGCUGGGACGUACUCGGAUGCUUUGUCGGGGGACGUCCGCUCCUGGUCGUCGAUGGUUGUAGUGUGAUGGGCAGCAUCAGGAGCGCAGAGGAGCGCAAGGACACGAACUGUACGUGCAAGACGGAUCCCGAGAUCAAGUUUACGAACUGUGGUAAUCGUUGUUCAGAAGUCGGUUGUGAAGUCGGUGCCGGGGAUAGCUCACUGAAUGGCUGCGCGAAGGCAGUGCCAGCGUGGAAUGGUGAGCGCACUUCCCACAGGAGUUAGGAGACUGCGAUGUGAACAUGACUCAGGUCAGGGCUUGCACAGCUGCUGAAGAAUCAUGAUAUUUCAGAGGGUCUGGAAUGUCCCGCUGUGAGGGAAAUCAUGUAAUUGUUGAGGGAAAUUCUGGAAAGUAGGCUAUCAUGGAAAGUAGGCCAAUAAUAGGUGUGGUUCAGACGGUUCUUGAAAUUUACCAUGUUGUGUCUGAGAGGCAAUAAAACUUCAAAACUUCAGGCAAAAUUUUGUGCCUCAGUCAUUGAUUAGAGGAUACGAGAACAAAAACUGUUGCCUAACCCUCACUGUCCUGAAGUAUGUAACCUUUAAGUACUGGAAAACAGGAAACUCAGAGAAAAAUAGUUCUUCUUGGGUGUAUGACCACCUGUCCCCCAGCAGUAUGUAGAUAAAUAUAGUAGCACAAUUGUUUAUUAGGUUUCGUCUUUGGUAAGCAGUUGAGAAUAGUGCGAAUAUAGCAAGGAUGUUUGCAGAGAAAUGCAGGUGUGGAAUGAUAGGUGAAGUAGUUGUAUAGCUUCAGACUUUCUCUUCACACGAGGAGUAAUGAAGACUAUUCAGCAGGUGGUUUAUGCAGUUCUCGGAAUGGGAUUCUUGCGAACUCACGUGUAUAUUUGGCGUUUACGAUUGUAUAGUUCUGAUCACAACGUUUGUCCAAGAGCAUUGAUGUGCUUGUGAUGCUUAUAUGUUAGCAGUGAGUGUGGUUAAUUAAAAUAGUACGGCAUCUCAACUCCACCACAUUUCCCACAAAUCUAAAAACAGAUAUCCAAAAAUGCAUAGCCUACUUCCUGUGAAAAAGUCGUUUGGUUCAGUGUUCUGUAUUACUUUUAUAGCUCUUCCAAGGGAAUGCAAGGGACCAAACAGGACGACAAUUAGAUGUUUGCAUAAUGUUAUGUUUAAUAUUCUAAGAAAGCAGCUACAGUUAUGCUGUGUCUAUAUAGUUGUGUUACAGAUAAACGGGUCGGCUAAUACGAAACGUAUUCACAUUUGUGUGUACGCAAGUUAAUUAGAUAAUAUUUUGAGCUCCUAUACAAGGUCAUUUUAUUUUAAGAAUAUUCAUCAACAAGUAGUAUUUAUCAAUAUGUAUGUGUGAUAAUAUGUAUUGUGAGUUCUGAGGAUACAUAUGUUCAUUGUAGUGUGAUGUUGUGUGCGUGCCGUGCGUGCGUGCGUGCCUGCGUGACGUGCGGCGGUGUGCGUUGUGUU